ACGUUUUAAAGAAAGGAGAGUGUGUGCGCGAUUUCCAAGUGUUUAACGGCUCAGAUUCAACACAAGUCGAGGCUCAACUUCAACAAUAUACACCUGUACCUGCUGCAGUCGCUUUCACCACUUAUUGACAAUAGGUUGGAGGCAAAUGCACGCCGCCAUCCUCAAGUAUUUCAGGUGCAUCCGCUGCUAACGUUAAGAAGUUAAUUACUUUAAUUGAACUCAAACAAUUCCGAUGUGACAAGUUGCUCAUUAGAAUAAAUGUAAGCGUUAAUAUGAAAAAUAUGAAGCUAAUGAGCGGAAACAACACCGAGGUCACAGCUCUGAGCUGGGAAAAAAACAAACAAACCCAAAACUGCCACAUAAUAAAUAAGAGAUAAUAUAAAUGCGCGAUGCGUUUCCUCUUUAAACAGGGUGGGAUUUUUAAAACACCGUGCAGCGGUUGUCUGUGCGCUCGGCGCGACUGCGCAUGCGCCACUGGCACUUUCACUACCUGCCACACAGUCCUGUAUUUCACAUGGGGCAAACCGGAGUUAUCAUCCACUUGCGUGAAUGCUGCUGCUGCUGAGUGGUGUUUGACAGUCUCGGGCGACAGGAGGAAAACAAGACAGCGAUUUUCCCCCUCCUCUCCUCUUUGCUAAAGGCUGAUGGAUGCCACCAUGGAGCAGAAAACAUAAGUUGAGCACUCAUAAGGACGCGACCGCUUGUACUUUACACAAGAUAAUCGACGGUGGAAUGAAGAAUUGAAGUCUUAGAGAUUUGUGCCAAAAAUGUCUAAACCAAUGGAUCACGUAAAACGCCCGAUGAAUGCUUUCAUGGUUUGGUCCAGAGCCCAGCGCAGAAAAAUGGCUCAGGAGAACCCGAAAAUGCACAACUCCGAGAUCAGCAAGAGAUUAGGAGCUGAGUGGAAACUUCUCACCGAGUCUGAGAAAAGGCCAUUCAUCGACGAAGCCAAACGACUGCGAGCGAUGCACAUGAAGGAACACCCAGACUAUAAAUACAGACCAAGGCGGAAGCCCAAGACUCUGAUGAAAAAAGAUAAGUUUUCUUUCCCUGUGCCCUACAAUCUCGGGGAGCACGACGCGCUCAAAGUUAACGGGCUCUCGGCUGGAGGAGCACUUUCCGAGUCCGUCCUGGGGAACCCUGAUAAGGCAGCAGCGGCUGCAGCGGCAGCAGCGGCGAGGGUAUUCUUCAACCCGUCCAUGUCUACGAACCCCUAUUCCUUUUUCGACCUGGGAUCCAAGAUGACCGAGCUUUCCCCACCCUCGUUUCCGUACGCGUCUCCUUUGGGCUACCCGCCGGCAGGCGCCACGGCUUUCACCGGGACUGGCAGUGUAGGUGGCGGGACGCACACCCACACUCAUUCUCAUCCGUCCCCGGGAAACCCGGGCUACAUGAUCCCUUGUAACUGUACGGGCUGGCCCUCGGCAGGACUCCAGCCGCCCUUAGCAUACAUCCUGCUGCCUGGGAUGGGAAAACCUCAACUUGAACCGUAUCCUGCAUAUGCUGCAGCAUUAUGAUAGGCCCACUUUGGACUUCAGAGAAAAUGAAAUGUGAAAACAAACAAACAAACAAAAAAAGCUAUUCAUGCAAGAGUUUUAUUAUGCAUGCACAAACUUGUACAUGUGAUGAAGUGCUCGUCGUCUCAGAUAUCACAUGUGUAUGUAUAUUGAUUAAUGCCUUUAUCUAAGGUAAUGCUUAUUUAGAGAACUCUCUAAUCUAUUAUUACUCAGCCGUCACCUCUCACAGCCCAGAGGAAAAGGACUAAAGGAUGGCAGAAAUGCACACAUUUGAGAGGAAAUGGUAUCACGUCAGUUUGCCCCAUUUUUAUCUUUUUGCACCUGCUUGACUAACCUGUUGGAAUCAUUGGCAGCAUAUACGAUGACCUUAUCGCAUCAUUUCCUCUCAGAUAAGUUGUUGUAGGCUAAUGGCUUAUAAUCCAUGGAUCAAGGAGGAUUGCCACAACACUUCUCCCCUCUUGAGUGACUGUAAAUGUGUACAGAUAAAAAUGACUAGUUUAUUUGCCGUUAUAGGCUUAGUGUUUGAGAUAGGGCCAGGAACCUACGUAUUUCAUUAGAAAUCCGGUGUAUAUUUUGAGUUUUUAAACCGUUUUAUAGAUGUCUGUAAUAUUUAUUGUUUAGUGGAAUCUAUGGUGAACCAGACGAUUUUAAAAAGGACAACAUUAGUUCUGUAAUAUUUGCACAUGAAACGUAGAGGAUGUAAUUUAUUUUGAAGGUGAUAUUCAAUUUCAGUGCAUUGCAAAUUUCGGGGUUGAUUCAUGCAAAACGUUUUUUUUUUGUUGUUUGUUUGUUUGUUUUUGUUUGUUUUUUUUAACCCUCCAAACAGUUUCAAAAAGUUCCAAUUUAUAUGCAGACGGAAGUCCCUCACCAGCCCACUCCUCGUAUCAUGUGCAGCAGAAGAAAAAAAAAAAGUUUUUAACUAACUCUUAUGGAAUUUGUAUGUUUUGUGUUUUCUUUAACCUCCGUUAUGUACUUCAACCUAUUGCUACUGUUCACUUGUUGAGCAAAGGACUACAAUAAAGCGUAUUCGGAUUAAACGGAAGGGAAUCGCGGCUGUACUUCUUGAUGAGAUGAACAAGAUUGUUAUCUUUUCUUUUCCUGCUCCUGCUCCUCAGUCCAGGUGAAGUGUAAGGUAUCCUCCAAAGGCCGCUUUUGUCCGCGCUUUCAAUGGCAUUACUGGGGGAAAUCUAAAUCAGCCCAUUGUAAUCAAGAGCCAAAACCUUAUUUAUCACAAUUUUAAUCGUGAAUAGGAAGGAAGAUAAAACUGUGUGGUACUUCGAGCUUUCUUUUCCCAUGCAGGGUGGGAAAAAGAGAGCAGCUUUUUUUUCUUUUCUUUUUCUUUUUUUAAGCUGCAGGACAAGCUCGUCUUUGAGGCUUUUUAAACAACCUGAGCUGAGUGUGUGCGCUCCCAAGUCUGAGGAGAAAAACAAAGUGCAUUUAAUAUGAGUUAAAAUAAAACCCCAAAAAGAAAAGCUUGCUGAUCACCUGUCCUAAGGAGUGAGUGUUCUCACGUGCACAAGCGUGCGUGUGUAUAGCAGGUGUGUGUGUUGGGGGGGGGGGUUUGCACAAAAUUUUCAAUUCAUAUUAGAUCUGUAACGUGUAACGCAAUGUGUUAUUACUGGCCCUUCUUAGGUUACGCUGAGAGAUUAAUUCAUAAGGAUCAGAGCGAUUAUGCAAAACUAAUUUGGACAGUCCAGGGAUAAUUAUCUCCGUCACGGUUAAUUACACCCUUUCACCACUAUGUUCUCCAUUGUAACACCCCGAUCUCUCCCCUCCACGGAACUUCCUUCUUGGCCUCGAAAAUAACGCGCAAGUGACCUUGUGUUUCAUUAAAGGCCUUGGAAAAAAAAAAAAACGUGGGGAGCUGUCAGAACUGCUGGUAUUUACAUUUCCU